AUGAUUGCCUCUAGCUGUUCUUGUCUCUGUCUCGUUGUACUAUUAGUUGUUGUCUUGCUGGCUUCUCCCUCGGCAUCCUACGAAUGCUUUGAACCAGAAAGUGCACUUGACAUUACCAAAUUAAACAUAUGUAAUGAUGAAAAUAAUGCUUAUUCCAAAUUAACCACCGGACCGCAGAUCGGUUAUAUCAAAAAUCAGGCAACUAAAAACAACGCAUUUGAGCUGUCUUUUACUUGCGAUCCAACAAUGGAUAAGCGAACCUGUAACAAAGCACGCAAGGCUUUCAUCAAAGCAGGAGCGUUACUGAGCAAAAUAUACAAGUUUCCACAAAAAAUUACAGUUGCUGCAGAAUUUGCGGAUCUGUGCGGGGCUUCAGGAUGCCCUCCGGAUAGAACUAUUAUUGGACAAGCAGGCCCAUCACGCUUUUUCUCAAUGAAGGGCUCAGACGGUGUAGUUCGACUUUAUCCUCAAAUAUUAACAAAGUUUGCCAACCCGCCAGGCCCAGUACCUUAUGCUACACACGAUAUAAUAGCUUCAUUCAACAGCAAACUAGCAUCGCGCUUUUUCUUGCCGGGUGACAAACACAUUAAACCAGAUCAAGUCGACUUUGUUGCUGUCAUAGCACACGAAUUUCAUCACGGGUUGGGUUUACUUUCAUCUUGGGGACCGUCUGGUGUCAACAACGUGGUAACACCAUUCAUUCUAUCUGAUGACUUAAAUAUAUUGCGCGUGCGCGAAGUUGUCUUUGAUCAAUUCGUGAUUCGAACCGUAGAGGGCAGACAUCUAACAGAUUUUACAAAAGAUUUUGAAAAAGCCAUUGAUGGAACGACAUUUACUACUAAUGAGGCAUUAGCCAGCGUCAUUGAAGACGUUGCGAAUAAAAAUCUUAUUCCGACUACGUCAGACUAUGUCACUCCAGAUGCAAUUGGAUUUUUACCGAUAGGAAAAACAGCUAUAACAGAUGCUGUGAUAUUGGAGACAACUCUCGUCCCAUUUGCUGAAGGUUCUACUGGAUCACACGUAGACUAUAAAACGUAUUCUACUUCGCCAGACUGGCUGAUGAUAUUCAGGGCAAUACGCGGAAAGACGUUCCAACAAAUCGAUAAGGACAAUGGAGCAGCGACUCCUGAUACAAUUGCUGGACCUCAUAUAAAGGCAAUUAUGGAAUCAAUAGGAAUACCUACCCCCGAGAACCCAAAUCCAUUUGUUCCAACAAUAGUCAAUGAACCACCGGUCUAG